AUGAAAUUAGCAAUUAUAGUUUGUUUAUCAAUUGUGUGCCAAGUCUUGGCCGCACCUGACAGACUUCGGAGAGAUGUCACCUUUGCCAGAUCAGAAUUAAAUGAUGUUGGGCUUGUAGGAGAAAAUUUAAUCUUCCGAAAUGAAUAUGGAACCCCCCAUGAAGAAUAUGGAGUUCCACAUGAAGAGUACGGAGUUCCACAAGCGUAUCAGUCACCUCGGAAUGAUGACGUUCCAACGACAACUGCACAUUACUGUCCAGAAGAAGAUAUUGUACCACCAUUUGCACCAGCUCCACCCCCACCAGAAUCCUUACCUUUAUUAGUUCCAGUUCUUCGUCAAGAAGAAAAACCUUAUCCAACUCCUGAAAUUCCAAAGGAAGAAUAUGGACCACCAAUCGGAGGAUAUGGAGUUCCUGAAGAUGUUGGCACUCCAUUUAUUCCAGCUCCAGCUGCUCCUGAACCCCUCCCUCUACCCACUCCAAUUCUUCGUCAAGAAGAAAGACCUCAUGAAGAAUAUGGACCACCAAUUGGAGGAUAUGGAGUUCCUGAAGAUGUUGGCCCUCCAUUUAUUCCAGCUCCAGCUGCUCCUGAACCCCUCCCUCUACCCACUCCAAUUCUUCGUCAAGAAGAAAGACCUCAUGAAGAAUAUGGACCACCAAUUGGAGGAUAUGGAGUUCCUGAAGAUGUUGGCACUCCAUUUAUUCCAGCUCCACCUGCACCCGAACCCCUCCCUCUUCCCGUUCCAGUUCUUCGUCAAGAAGAAAGACCUCAUGAAGAAUACGGUCCACCAACUCAACCACCAGUUUUCUUUGCACCUUACCCACCAACAGUAACAACAACAGUGUCAACGACUACUACUACAACUGAAUUGCCACCUCCACCACCUCCUGUGCUUAAAGAAUUGCCAUACCCAACAACAACACUACCGCCAGCACCAGUAAGAUUGGCGCCUUAUCCAGAAGCAACAACAACAACUACCACAACGGAAGAACCGACCACGUCGUAUAUUUCAUUUGCUCCGUACCCGCCACCAACAACCACGACAACCACAACAACAGAAGAACCUAUUAUAGUCAAACACACAUAUCCAGCAGCAAUUCACUCAAAAUACGAAACUGAUUCUGGACUUCAUAAACUUGUUUCAAAGAUUACGCAACCUUUCUUUGCUCCAGGAGUUAGAUCACCAUACAUCCAACCGAAACUCGUUUUUACAAAAAAAGCAAUUGAAUUUCCGGGAUUGUUCGUGAACAAGAAAAUCGUCGUCUGA